AUGUGACCACCCUAGCCCUGAGCCAGGGGAUCCGCAUUGCAUGGAUCAAUGGCUGCUGGGGCUCCUGCAGCUUCCUCUUCCGCCUUCCUUCUGCAGUGCUAAUCGAGCUUAGGCGGCCGCGUGUGCGGGAUUAAGCCAGGUAAUCGGUGAACGCCACGCCGUGUGCUACGGGUGGUCAUGGCCCCAAAAAGCGCCAAGGACAAGGCGGCCCGCGAGGACGCCGCGAAAGAAGCGGCGGAGGCGCGCUACAAGCAGUGGAAGCGGCUUGUGCCGGUGCUGUAUGAUUCCUUCACCAACAACAACUUGGUCUGGCCCUCCCUCAGCUGCAGAUGGGGUCCCCAAGUGGAGAACUACACAUACAAGGUCAAGCAGAGGGCCUACCUGUCAGAACAGACGGAUGGCAGCGUGCCCAACACGCUGGUUGUCGCGAACGUGGAGAUUCCGCGGCCGCACGUGGCGGACGCAGAGUCGAUGCAGAGCUUCAACUACGAUGCACGCUCCCCGCUCGUCAAGAAGUACAAGACCAUCAUCCAUCCUGGGGAGGUGAACCGGAUCCGCGAGUACCCAGAAGCGCAGAACAUUGUCGCGACACACUCUGACAGCCCCAUGGUGUACGUUUGGAAUGUCGACACGCAGCCGGAGCGUGGCGCGGACGCCAAGGUCGCGGGCAGCGCAGCCAGCGUGCCGGACCUCCAGCUGACGGGGCAUAAACAGUUUGCGGAGUUUGCGCUCGCGUUCCACCCCAAGGAGCCGCGGCUCAUCAGCGGGGGCCGAGACGGAGAAGUCCUUUUGUGGCACCUCGCGGACCAGAUGACGUCACUCGCAAGCACCUCAGCAGAGGCGCCCCCUGCGGACGGCGGCGGCGCCGGCCGCAAGAGCGUCAACAGCGGGGGGCUGGGCGGGCUGGACGGGGACACCCCCACAAAGGCGACAGAGGUGGCGGAGCGCGGUCGGUUUCCAGGGCACACCGACACGAUUGAGGACGUCGUGUUCCGGCCCAGCAGCGGGGACGAGUUCUGCAGCGUGGGGGACGACGCGGCAAUCAUCUUUUGGGACGCGCGGCAGGAGGGGGGCAAGCCGGCGGCCAAGGUGGCGUCAGCGCAUGAUGACGACAUCCACUGCGUGGACUGGAGCGCGGAGGACGAGCACGCGGUGCUGACGGGCGGGGCAGACCACAGCGUGCGCCUGUUCGACCGGCGCAAGCUCGCGGCGAAGGGCAAAGCCGCGGUUGUCGCCACGUUUGCGGCGCACACAGCAGCCAUUUUGAAUGUUCAGUGGUGUCCGCAUCGGAAGGGCGUGUUUGCGAGCGGGGGGGAGGAUGGUCUGGUCAUGGUGUGGGAUGCGGAGAGGGCGGGCGCGGCGCAGAACGGCAGCGGGAACGGGCGGCAGCCGCCGGAGCUCAUGUUCCAGCACGCAGGCCAUCGGGACAAGGUGGUUGACUUCCAGUGGAACACGGCGGACCCGUGGACCAUCCUGAGCGUCAGCGAUGACAUCAGCUUUGCCGGGGGGGGUGGCGCACUGCAGAUUUGGCGCAUGAACGACCUGAUCUACAAGCCUGAGGAGGAGGCCCUGGGCGAGCUCAAGCGCCACCGCGACUACGUCACUGGGAAGACCAACCGCGUGCCCGACAAGGCCCCAAAGACUGCGGAAGUUCCUCCAAAACUAGAAGAACCAACGGACAUGGAUACGGAAGCUAAGACGGAAGCUAAGACGGAAGAUAAGACGGAAGGUAAGACGGAGGAUAAGACGGAAGCAGAGCCCAAGCAAACAGCGGAGGAAGCGGACAUUGAAGAGGCUUCGGAAGCCAAACCGGAAACGGAUUCAAAGGCGGCAGAGACAGCGGAGACGCCUGCAGAGACGGCAGAGGAGGUUCGAAAAGAACCAGAGGUCGCAACGCAAGAAGGACCCGCAGAUGAAGGGAACAACGCGGGGGAAAGUACGGAGCAACUAGAGGAGAGGCUCCCGAGUGCGGAGGCAGCUGAGGCGCCGGUUGACGGCGCUGCGAACGGAGCGGAGAACCGAGGAGGAAACGAGGGAGAGAAAGAGGGAGGAAACGAGGAACAAAACGAGGAACAAAACGAGGGACAAAACGAGGGGGUUCAAGAGGAAGGAAACGAGAGAGAAAGGGAUGGGGGGGAAGCGGAUGACACAAUGGAAGUAACUGCGAGCGGAGCAGAAGAGGCGCAUGAAGAGAAAGGCGAGGUCGCUGCAGGAGGCGGUGACGUGGACAUGGCGGAAGCACCGAGGGAGCUGGAAGAGCCAUAUUAUCCUGAGGCAGAGGAGGAGCGUGCCUCAGAAGGUGCAGGGAAAAAGGAGGGGACCGAUGGCGUCGUGCAAGGAUGAUUGGACAUUUUGGGGUACUCCGAUUCUCUGCCGGCUCUAUUAUUUGACCGGGCGUUCACAAUUAUCGAUGCUGACAGAUCCUGUAAGAGACGUCAAUGAAGAGCAUGAGUGGUCGCAAGAGGCUGCUUGAUCGGUCAUAAAUCGCGUCUAAUCUGACUCCUCAUCGGAAGCCAUUUUUUCUGAU